CUAAAGAUCACCCUAGAUGUCCGCCACAGCGUUGAUGAAGAAGAAGGCGACGAUGGCGACGAAGAUGUUACUGAGUUGACAGCGAAAUCUACGUUUAUAGCUAGACCAUCUGUAUCAUAAAUCACAGGCUGAAGCGCAAUGAACUAUUCCUCAUGGGCCUUGCACGGAUUGCAGCACAUGGGUGAGAUUACCCGGCUCACAGCGGAUAUCUAUCGAUUUGGGACGGGGAAUAAGAGUAUGCUGGGGCUAUGUAGCAAAAGUUUUAGGCAGCGGAAAGGCAUCGGUGGUGAAAAAGGUCGACGGUGGGUCGUGGCAGCAGUGAGAAGUGUUGGUGGUGGCCACUGGUCUGCCAAUGACAUCUUCACUGGACUUCAGUCGUCGCCGCCACCUGUUCCACUUGAUGGACUAUAUUUAUCAUCCGAUGUGUGGUCGGGAUCGUGUAGGGAUUGCCACCACAAUUGAAUGGAGGCACUUAAAGCAGACAUAAAGCAGAGUAUACCUGAUACUUAUAAUGGGGCCUUAUCGAAGCUCUUAAUGUCUUACCCACCAUGCAGGAGAUCGUC